AUGAUUAUGAGCUUUUGUAGAAAAAUCGCCCCUCACUCUUUCCUCGGCCUCACCUCAACAACUACUACUACCACUACUUCAACUGCUGCAUCAACCUCCAUAGAUGCUCACCAUGAAAAGCUCCCCUUCAAAUGCCACCACUGCAUUUCUCCCCUAAGUUGUAGAGCAUCAGGAGGAGGAGGGUUGCUAGGUUUGGUCAACGCACCAGAUUAUCAUCACAUCAAACACCAACCCCUCCUCUUGGAGUCUUCUUCCAUCAAAUCCUCCUCCGCCUCUUCCUCAUCCUCCUCAUCAGAUUCAUCAUUAUCACCACUGUUUUCUCCUUCUCCUUCUCCUCCCCCUCCUCCUCCUCCUCCUCCUCCGGCAAUUGAGUUUGAGGCAAAGAAAGAUUAUGCAGGUGGGUUUGGGUUCAUAGACGACAUAGGAGGCGGCGUGGACGGCUUGAUGUCGUGCACGGAGAGCCUAGGGUUUGAGAGCUCGGACGAGAGGCGAGUGGAUGACCAUCAGAUCAUUGAAACAAUCGGCCACCAUCAUCAGAAUGAAGAUGAUGAUCCUGUGGAGGAGGACGCCUGUUUGAGGAUGAUGAGGCAGUCGAUGAGGAGAGUGUCCAAAUGGAAGAGGACGGGGGAGAAGAGAGAGGAAGCCAAGAAGUUUCCACCGCCGCUUUCUUCUUUAAACCAGAAUGGGCAGCCCAGGUAUUACCUCAGGCCUGUCAGGAAAGACGGGAGGCUGGAGCUCACGGAGGUCAGGAUUUACAGGCCUGAGAUCUUGCGUGCUUAUCGUCAAGAUGGACGGUUGAGAUUGCAUCUUGUUACCCACGAACCUGAUCUCCAAGAAGAAGAAGAACAACAACAACAACAACUAGAAGGCAUACAAGAAGAAAAUGAAGAAGAAGAAGACGUUAUUGAUGAGAAAGAGAGUAUAAUUAAUGUGAAGGAGGCGGAGGAGGAGGAGGAGAGGAAGCUGGCGGUGGGAGGAGAAGGGUUUCGGAGGUGUCAGAAUCUGGUGAGCGGCGGCCACCAUCACCACCGUGGAAACUUUGGGGUGUGGAGCCAGCGGCAGCAUUGUGUGACAACCAGGUGA